AUGGCCUCCCUUCAGGUUGAUGCUGCUCCAGUGGAAGAGGUGAAAAGCCAAGCAGAACCAGAAACAAAUUUAUCUUCAAACGUUAAAGAACCAGAAGUGCAUAAACUAGAUGAAUCCACUAAAACAGUGGACCCCUGUCCCUGUCCCCACGUGGAAAAUAAAGAAACACUAGAAAUUGAUUCUGAUGAAGAAGAAGAAGAGAAAGAGAUGGAACCAUUGGCUAAUAAGGAAGAAGAUUUUUCACCUUUUACGUCUGUCGAGCAACCUGCUUGGCCUGCUGAAUUCAACCAAGAAGAAGACGAGGACGAAGAAGAAGACGAGUAUAUUUACAAGGUUUGA